AUGACCGCCGACACCGUAGCUUGUGCGAUCGUCUCUACCUGGAUCGCCCGCAACGGAUGCCCCACUCGAAUUACGACUGACCAGGGCAGGCAAUUCCAAAGCGCCCUCUUCAAGGCUCUCAUGACCUUGCUGGGAGUUCACCACAUCAGAACGACUGCCUAUCAUCCCGCCUCCAACGGUGCUGUAGAGCGCUUCCAUCGCCAGCUCAAGGCAUCUCUUAUUGCUCGUGAGGCGCAAGUCACCUGGGUAGACCAUCUGCAAAUUGUGCUGUUGGGUAUUCGUUCUGCCCUCAAGCAGGACCUGUCCUGCUCCACCGCAGAGCUCGUCUUGGGAACGACACUGCACCUCCCCGGCGAUUUCUGGCUCGACUCCCAAGCCGAAACUCGGCAGUCUGAAUACGUCGAGUUACUUCGCCGCUUCUUCCGACGCCUUUCGCCAACCGCCACCAGGACACCAAUUCCAGGACACCAGGGCACCAGGACCCUGAAUUCCCCGGUCAUCUUCGUCCACCCGGAUCUCAAGACAUGCACACACGUUUUUCUUCGGCAUGACGCCCCCCGCAAGCCCCUUUCACCCCAUUACGAUGGUCCUUUCCGUGUCCUGUCUCGCACCGACAAGACCAUGACGCUGGACAUUCAAGCCCGGCUUCAGGUGGUCUCCCUCGACAGGGUAAAACCGGCAUACCUGGAGGUCGACACCUCUGCUGCACCUGCCACAGAGUCCUCUGUCACCGUCCCUCACCCACCUCGCGUCAAGCCUCGCCGCACCGUUACCUGGGAUACUCCCCUCUCUGUGUCUUAUUCUCCUUCAACCCUUCUUCGGGGAGGGGGAGUCUUGUAG